CGUAGUCAGCAGAUCUGAAAUCAAAAACAAACGAGCUGAACAAUAGUUAAAACAUGGAAAAUCAGUCAGAAGUAGAAGAAAUAACGAAUAGCGAUUGUAACGUUAAGUUUCACAAUUUUGUGGCAAAAGUCGAUGACUUGUCAAUCUCAUGUCACGUAAUUAAAAUGGAAAAUUCCCUCUAUCUGUGGGUAGGUGAUUAUAAUGAGAAUACCAUGAAUGAUUUGUCAUUCGCAAUCAAAUCACCAUACGAAAAGGAACCACUUACAACGAAGAUUAUGGGAUCAAUUGCCAAUGAAUUUUCAACUAGUCUUGCCAAGAGACUUUCAAAGAAACUUUCAAUAGCUGUUUAUGUCAGCUUUAAUGUCCAGGUUGAUAACCUAUCUCUACAUGCAAUUGAGAGGAAGUUACAAGAUGAAUUUAACUCACAUCCUGAGAUUUUCUGAUUUAUAUUAAUAAGUUGUACAGAGACAUUCUAAAAGUACAAUUUUUAUACUGUCCAGAACAUGUGUUUACAUUUAAGCCUUGUAUAUUUCGUAUUAAACUUGAUUUAUAUAUAAAA